AUUAUUUGAUUCUUUCUCUUCCUCAUCUUAUCGAAAGAAGUACUUUAAAGUCAAGCACACACACGAACAUACACAUACAAGUCCCUCGUUUGUUCUAAAAAGACAGAGAAAACUACUUGCUAUCAAGUAAUGCAGACAAUAAAAUGCGUAGUGGUUGGAGAUGGUGCUGUAGGCAAGACAUGUCUCUUGAUCUCGUACACAACCAACAAAUUUCCUUCUGAGUAUGUUCCUACGGUAUUUGAUAAUUAUGCAGUUACGGUUAUGAUUGGUGACGAACCUUAUACCCUUGGAUUGUUUGACACGGCUGGUCAAGAAGAUUACGAUCGUCUUAGGCCAUUGUCAUACCCACAAACCGAUGUAUUCCUAGUUUGCUUCUCAGUCACCUCGCCUGCUUCGUUUGAGAAUGUUAAAGAAAAAUGGUUUCCUGAAGUACACCACCACUGCCCAGGUGUGCCUUGUUUAAUUGUAGGCACUCAGAUUGAUCUACGCGAUGAUCCUACAGUUCUUGAAAAGUUGACGCGACAAAAGCAAAGACCUAUUGGGUUUGAAGCAGGUGAACGUCUUGCCAGAGAACUAGGCGCAGUCAAAUAUGUCGAAUGUUCAGCAUUGACACAAAAAGGAUUGAAGAAUGUAUUUGAUGAAGCCAUUGUGGCUGCCCUAGAGCCUCCAGUUAAGAAAAAAUCAAAGAAGUGCUUUCUUCUUUAAAAUGAAAACCCACCGCCCUGAAUUAG